AUGGAUCCUGACUUCACCAACGAAGCUCUUCGACGAGCCCCGAGAUGCCCUCUGCUUCUCUACUCAUUACUCGCUGUCUCCAGUAGCCACAAGAGUCGAUUCUUGGAUGACCCUGUCAUCGCUCGGGACUAUGCGAGAUAUGGAGAAGAAUAUCAUGAGAAAUGUAUCAGUCUGUUGCUACCCAUGCUCAGUGACAAUGGAAGUAUCACAGAUGGUGCGUUUUUAGCGUGUUCUACCAUCCUCAGAUGGUAUGAGGAGCUCAGUGCACCUAUCCAUGGGAGAGAUGAUGCAAGACAUCUGUUGGGAGGCUACGCAUCAGUCGCCGAGUCUUUCAAACAAGAUCUGCCUUGGGAAGGAUUCCGACGGGCAGCACUAUGGAUUCACCUCCGCCAAGACAUCUUCAAUGCUGUCAUUAACCAGAGGUUCGGCUCGCUCGAUAGCAACACUACCACUACACAAAAAGAGUUUAACGAGAUCCUUAGACACUCUAUAGCUGUCACAGAUACCGCUGCUUCAGUAGUUGCAGCCGAACUCAUCGCAGCGUAUCCCGAUGCAAAGGUUAUCCUCAACUACCGCAAAGACUUGGAUGCGUGGCACGAGAAACACUGCAACAUGAUCCGUGGCCUCGUUCCGAAAGACAAGCUUCUCGAGUGGACUGUCAAGGACAGAUGGGGACUUUUGUGCAAGUUCCUAGAUAAGGCUGUUCCUGAUGAGCCCUUUGCUUCUGGCUGGGAAGACCACGAAACGGAAGUCACUAAACGAUAUCUCAUGAGUCCCUUGUCAGGCGUCGCUGUCUUGUCUUCUGUUGGGAUUGCAACAGGCGCCAUCGCAUAUAAGACCAUGUGGUGAAAGUCCGAGACUCGUGAGGAA